GGACCUUCAGCGGCGCUAUGUUGGGACAGAGCAUCCGGAGGUUCACGACCUCUGUGGUCCGUAGGAGCCACUAUGAGGAGGGCCCUGGGAAGAAUUUGCCAUUUUCAGUAGAAAACAAGUGGAGGCUACUACUUAUGAUGACUUUGUAUUUUGGAUCUGGAUUUGCUGCACCUUUUUUUAUAGUAAGACACCAACUGCUUAAGAAAUAA